AUGGACUUCUUAGGAAUCAAAAACAAUAAAUUCAUUAAAAAUAAAGAAGUUUUAAAACAAUAAGAGGAAAUGCAUAUGAGAGAUGAUCAUUUAUUGUAAUUAGAAAAUGAAACACAUAUCAUUGUUCCAGAAUCUCCAAAUUUUAAAUUCAUUUAAACAAUCAAACGAAAAAGAAAUCGUUGA